UAGCCAAUUUCCUUCUCUUACUGUCAGGUGUUGAACCACACGCAUCAACUUUUGUAUUUGUGUAACUAUGUCUUUCGAACUUGCCUUUCGUUCUCGUGUUGCCUUCAUUAUGGAAACCUUGACAGCAACAGCCUUGCAAGACAUUUGUCAAUUUAUGGAAGAAACGUAUGCUGCUCUUCGAGUGGAAAUAUUGCAAGAGCAAAACCGAAGUUCGACGACAAAAUUGCAUGCGAUGGAGAAUAGCGAGGGGAAGGAAAAGCCUGCGAACAGUAUGGAGAGCGUUCAAGAAGACGCCCGCUCAUCAGGUUUGAGAGACUUCCCAGUCGUGGAGCAAAUCCUCAAUGAACAAGAGGCCAAUGGUCUUUGGCUAGAAGGUGAUCCUACUGUGGAAGACGAAGGUCCACCGUCACUGGUACCAGAGGAAGAACAGCCAUUGCAGCCUUUUGGUCAGAUGACAGACAUGGCUGAUAAGAGUUAAUAACACCAUUGGUUGUCUUUUGGAAGGGAGUGGAGACAUGUUCAGCACCACUGGUCAUUAAACAGGAGGAAACGGAUGAUGACGUCAAGGAGUCUCAAGGUUACAGUGUGUGGAUGCCAGAGACUCACAAGGCCAAUCAGAAUAUCACAGGAGAAAGUGAUGAGGAAGAGAGAAGUCAAGCCUCUAGGGGAUCCAAAGAACUUGGACUUGACGACUUUAAGAAAGAACAGAGUCUGUUGCUGGUGUCAAUUGAGGAUGCUGCAGCUCCCACAAAGAAGAAGAAAUAUAACAUAAGAUACACCUGUAAAAUAUGUGGAAAGACUGGGACCAAGAAAGGCAGAAUGACAAGUCACUUGAUAACACACGAAGGGCCUUCUAGUUGUGAUAUUUGUGAUGAGAAAUUCAAGCAUCAGAAUGGCUUGAAUAAGCACAAGCUACUCAAACACAGUGUGAAACCCUACAGUUGCUUUGUGUGCGGAAAGAUGUUUUUAUAUUCUAAAAUACGUGACUACCAUGAGCGCAUACACGUUGGAGAAGACUACUGGUGCGCGGACUGUGGCAAGACGUUCAAGGAGCGCCAGGAUCGCGACACCCACGAGUGCAUUGUUUGCAAGGGAGACCGGCCCUACAGCUGCUCCGAGUGCAACAAGGACUUUGAAAGGCAGUACCAUCUCAAAAAACACCAGCUGGAAAAACACCCUCUAAUGGUGGAGCAGACUGUCGAACCAGAACCUGAGUCCAAGCACUUUGAGGACCAACAGAGACAGUUUGAGUCAGCUGAGAGUUCUGAGGCACCCAUAAGGAGUGAACCGGUACAAUACACUUGUGAAAUAUGUGGAACAACUUGGGCGACUCAAAAUAGCAUGCGCUCUCACAUGUUUAUACAUAGAAAAAUACAAAGAAGGAAACACUAUACCUGUGACGUCUGUGGCAAGGUAUUUAGGCUCAAAUCACCUUUCACCAAACAUCAGCUCAGACACAAGGGAGACCUGCCCUUCAGCUGCUCAGAGUGCAACCAGGACUUUAAAAGUCAGUACCACCUUAAAAAACACCAGCUUGAAAAACACCCUCUAAAGGUGGAGCAGCCAUGUUCUGAUCAUGAUCUUUUAUUGACAGCGACCUGAAGGCUGAUAUCGGUGCCCUUGGUUGGUAAGUUCAGGUCCCACAACCUGAGUUGAACAAUGAUCGUGGUGAUGAUGUCUAACGUGUGCUCUGUCUGAGAAUGUCAGCUACUAUUUAUGCUCUUCACUGAACAUGACCCAAUUAAAAUGGCUGCAACUGAAUGAACAUUUUUAAGUGUAAGAAUAUUUGGUUUUAAUGUCAAUUUUUUUUUGUCUGUAUUUUUGUCUUUGGCAAAAUUUGAUAUUUACUUUUGUUUGAAAAGCAUGAUUUAGGCUACGUGGUUGUUAAAUAGCUUGUCGUAUUUGAAUAAAAACAUAUCCAAACUUACGUUUCCAUUUUAUAAACAGGGCAAAA